CAUUACAGAGCACAUUUUAUCCACAAGCAUUGAGCUUGUCAAUUUAUUAAUUUCUUCAAAGGCAAAUAAAGCAUUAUACGUCGUACUUUUUAGAAAAAAUUGAAAUUAUUAAGCUGACUUAGGUUUCUGCAGCGAAAUCAUGGCAAUAACAAAUGCUUUAACAACAUUCAAAUUCAACUAUACAAUUUCAAACAUCAGCGAGUUCGACGAGCAAUAUACACCCGAAGUUAUGGUCCAGGGCAUUCCAUGGAGUGUUAAAUUCAUAAAGGAACGUGUUGAAGGAGAGGAAUUCUUCAGUUUUUAUUUGUUGUGUAAACAUGAAGCUGCAUUACGCAAUUGGUCACACAUUGCUUUUGCAGCAGUUAAACUAUUGCCAUUCAAGAAAAAUGUCAUACCCAUUGAAUAUUAUAUGGCACCAUAUAUUUUCGGUAGCUUGUAUCAAGUGUCUGGUAUUAGUGAUUUCAUCAAGUGGAAGCGAUUGAUCAAUAAUCGAAAUGGAUUUGUGCAUGAUGACACCAUCCGGAUGGAGAUCAAAAUUGAAGUUGCCGAUCCAAAUGAUGAAAAUAAAAGCAUUUUGAAAAUUGACGUUUUGGACAAAUGUUGCAGCCACAGUGGUCAUGCCACUUAUCGAUUGUCUGUUUCCAAUAUCGAUGCAUUGAUGGCUGUUGGAACGCCGGAAUUCACUUUGCGUGGCCUACGUUGGAAAGUAAUUAUUUGCAAGUAUAUGUCGAAAUGGUUGGGCUUUCAAAUGCAAACCUCUAAUAGUCACCUCCAAGGUACUGACGAAGUCACAUGCAACACCAAAGCCAAUUUCAAACUUAUUUCUAUGAAAGAUAAUGCUAAGUCAAUUGAGCGUGUACUCGAGGGACAGAUGGAAAAAGGAUAUCUAUUGUAUGAUUGCGAAUUUGUAUCGUGGGACGAUUUAUUUGAUGAUCAAAAUGGUUUUGUUCGUGAUAACGCAAUCGUGUUAGAAAUCAAAAUCGUAGCGGAACAACCGGAUUAUACCGGUCGCAAUGAUAAGAAACGACGAUCGUCGGUGGAUCAAAAUGAAGAUGCAAAAGUGCUGAAAUUGGAGUGCUCAAUCUGUAUUGAAGCCAUUCACGAUCAAGACGUUUCAUCUCUUCGAUGCACACACAUGUUCUGUACAGCGUGCAUCAGACGUUCCAUGAGAACUUAUAAGAAGUGUCCAAUCUGCAAUGCUGCAGCCAAAUUGACCGAUUUGCGACGCUGCCGUUUACCAAUAAAAGAAUAGAGAGUUGACGUACUCAACCAUCAACGAAAACAUUCAACACAAAAACAAUCAACGAUAUUCCAAACAAAUGCAUACGAUUCAGUAAAAAGAGAAAUUGACGGAUUUACAACCCAUUAGUUGCGUAUUGCCAAAGGCGAUGAGUAGACGUUCUUCGUUAUCACAAGACUCAUUCCAAAGUCUUACCAAAUAUAUCUCAUAAGGGAUGACCUUUGCUGCAUAAAAAUACAUUCGAUUCAUCAACAGUUUUAAACAAUAAUCAAAACAAAACUAUAGUCCAGUAAAAAAGAACACUAUCACUCUCUUAUCUUACUUAAAUUUGUAUUGAAAAGUUCAAAAUUCAAA